AUGUCUGGUAACUCCUUGGAGGAUCGAUUGCGCCCAGCACCCACGCGUCCCCCAUUCUUGUCGUCACAGUCCUCGCCUGCGCUAGACGCGUCGACCGGCUCCAAAGCAUCCGCUUCCACCUUCGGCUCUGUCAAGUCGUCCAUAUCUCGCAAGAAACCGCUUGGUCUCGACAUUUCAAAGUCUAUUCCCAAGCCGACUCGCUCAGCGUCAUCACUGUUUGGCGGUCCUGCCGUUGAGAACAGCGGCGAUAGCAACUGGAUCCCAGAAGCUGACCGGCUUCGUGAUGAGAUCGCCAGACUCCAGCUGAGCUCCAAGUCAAGCUCUUCCUCGUACGCCUCUGGCCCUGAUUCUCCUCCACUGGAAUCACCUGCGCCCCCUUCUUCCGCUGGUGCACCGCCGCCCCGCCCUCCUCGUCGCGUGCACAGUGGACAGACUACACCUACCACCAGCACCAAGCAACCCAUUACGCAGGAUGGAGGCUCCAAGUCGUCUCACAGCUCUCACAGCUCUCAUGCCACAUCGUCGUCUCGCAAGCACUCAAAGACGAACGGCAAGCGCAAAAAGAACGAUGACGACCUGGUGAAAGAUGAGGAUCUCGAGGUCCUCGCCGACCUGGGAGCUGGUAACGGAGGCACGGUUACGAAAGUCUGGAACAAGAAGCGCAAGUGCAUCAUGGCAAAGAAGCUCAUCCUCGUCGAUGCCAAGCCUUCCGUUCGCAAGCAGAUUCUUCGCGAGCUGCAGAUUGUCAGCGAGUGCAAUUCACCUCACAUCGUCGCCUACUAUGGUUGCUUCCCGUCCGAUGUCCACGUCGGCAUCGUCAUGGAGUUCAUGGACCUAGGUUCCCUGGACCACAUCUAUCGCCGAACAGGCGCAAUCCCGAUUGACAUUGUUGGUAAGGUCGCCGAGGCUGUGCUUCGCGGACUAGUCUACCUCUAUGACGUGCACCGCAUCAUUCAUCGCGACAUCAAGCCGUCCAACAUCCUGGCCAAUACCGCCGGUCAAAUCAAGAUUUGUGACUUCGGCGUCGCCGGUGAACUGAUCAAUUCAAUCGCCAACACGUUUGUGGGAACCAGCACGUACAUGAGUCCGGAGCGCAUUCAAGGUGCACCGUACUCGAUCAAGUCGGACGUCUGGUCGUUGGGCAUUUCCCUCGUCGAACUCGCUCAAGGACGGUUCCCCUUCGCCGACCCGCCUGAGUCUGGUGAGGAGUCCGAGGAGGAGUACGACCCGGACCCGACGCUUCCUGUUUCGGCGCAGCGACCAAAUAUCCCCAGCGAGAAGCGCCAUCGCAAGCGGGGAGUUUCGCUCGGCGGUGGCGGCAUGACGAUGUCGAUUCUCGAUCUGCUGCAGCACAUCGUCAACGAGCCCGCUCCCCGUCUCAGCACUGCGAAGAAGACAUUCCCGGCUGCGGCAGAAGACUUCAUCGACGGCUGUCUUGACAAGGACCCGAUGCUGCGUCGAAGUCCGCAGGAGCUUCUGGAAUCCGAGUGGAUCCGCAAGUCGACAGUCACGUCGGACCAGAUGCAGGCUUGGGCGGAGAGCGUUCGGGCGCCUUUCCCUCACACAGGCAUCGGACGCAUCUCAGAGUAUGCCUUGCCCCUGUCACUGGCCUUGCUCGACCUGCAACGGACUGUCCUCCCCGCUGCUUCUCCAUGGCAAUCGCAACUAUCUCCGUUCCUCUCGGACCGCUUCGACGUGCACGACUAUGCAAACGCGGUGAUCCAGGGCCGGGCGUACCGACCUGACGACACCGAGGCGUCGGCCACGAAGACGGAGAAGGGCGACCUUGGAGUUGAGGUUGCGAGGUUAAACUAUGCGAUUGACGAUGUCACGCGGCAACUGAGGCAAGAGGUGAGUGCUUCUUGGACGGGGUACCCCUUCCCUGCAACACUCUUCGGAGGGCAGACACAGACUUGCGCCUGUGUAGCUAGGCGAGGCUCGCCAAAGCUGACAUCAGAUCACGACAUCCUGGCGCCGAUCAAGUCUUCCCUCACAUCGCUGUCUGGAAGCAUCGACCGAUUGCACAGCAAGAUCCACGUUCCGCACGAGCAACUCGCGCUGUUAGUGCGCCGGUUGAGUCUUCUCGCGACGGCGAGCGACCUGACGCGACGAGCGUCUCGUUUCGUCCUCCUUGCGCGCCGCCUCGAGGCGCAGAUGGAGGCCGUGCGCGCGGCGCCGAAAGAUGCUCAGGGAGAAGGCGAGAAGGAACGUGAGCUCGCCAAGGCUGCGCUGAGCGUGGCAGAGCUGGACGCUCUCCUGGCACCCGGAGCGACAGAGAACGAGGGCGAAAAUGGAGACGGCGGCGAGGACGGGGAAGAGGGCAGCAGUGGGCCGAUCCCGCUGCAAACGUUGGACUUUGUGCAAGCCUACGCCCCGCUGGUCGACAAGGCACGCGAUGCAAUCAUCACGGAGAUGGAGGCCAUGGUCGUCUCGGGUCUCGGCAGCCUGAACCAGCCCCUGCUCAGCUCGAGUCUGCAGACGGCGCACAAUCUCGGCCUCCUCCCCGAGCUCGUGAGCAACCUCGUUGCGGACCUGAACGAUGCGGUCGGACAGCGCGUGCGCCGGGCCUUUGACUCGGCCGCGAUCGGCCGCGAAGUGUCAGGCAAGGAAGGCGGCGGUAUCCGGUUCACGACGAAACGGGCACAGACUGAGCCGAGCUCUGGCGCCGCAGCGCAGUGGCAGGCCGUGCUCUGGACCCGCCUCGAGAAGGUCAUGGACGACGUUGCCAACUGCUGCAUCAAGGUGAGCUUUUGCUGUGCUGAUGAGCUGACAAAACAGGUGUACACGCUCGAAAAGGUGCUGAAGGUGAAGCGGGACAAUGUGACGCAGCGCAGUUUCCUCGACGAAGUGCUCAUGCGGCUUGACGAGACGCCGAGCUUCACCUUCUGGACGACGCUGGCUCGCGCCUUCGAGAAGCAAGCCAAAGACGCGCAGAAGGCGAACGGAUGGCUUCUGCAAGCCCUCAGCAGCGGGUACCCGCGCUUGCUGCGCUUGUUCCACGGCUUCUUCGCGCAGAUCGCAGUGGCGACCGACACGGCGUACACGCAGGAUUCACAGUCGCCGAGCGCGGUGCUCGUGCUCCGCUCCGUGUCUGCGUUUGAGGCGGCGUACCUCUCCCGCAGCAGCGGAAGGAUGGAUGACGCGGUCAAGAGCGCCAUGGCGCAGUACAGCUCUGCCCGUCAGACCGCACCUGGGGCUGCGGAGGGCGUUGCCGUCGCGCGUGCUGUUGCGAACGAGCUCGACGCGGCGCGGUUCGACCCGUUGCUCGUCCGCACUGUUGCCGGCAAUGCGGCCAAGGUGCUUGCCUCGCUGCGAAGCAAGGUCGACGCAAACGUUGUGCGCGACUUCACCGCAACGUCGCUCAUCGGCCCGACCGCGACGCCGGCGCAGAUCAUCAAUGCCUCCUUUGCCUCGUGCAUGUACCACUGUGCGCUGCAGCUGUCCAAGCUCUCCAUCUCGUCGACGGUCGACGCCCUCCUUGCGCCGGCUGUGUCAUCGCUCGAAGCCUCCUGGCGGAGGAUCACCGACGCCCUCGACGCCGCGAUCCGGAAAGAGUUCGCCUCAAUCCUGGGCCGCAUGCACCGUAUCGACUGGAGCAAGUCGCUCGACCCGGCCCAGUCCAUGCAGGGCUCAGCCUACAUGACCGACCUGGUCACGAAGCUCAGCUUCCUUAGGGGGGAGUUGCUGGGCCGUUUGGCUCUGGGCUCGGAGCUGCGCUCCUGGGUCCUGCGGCUAGCGCAGACCCUCUCGGCGCAGUUCCUCUCGCACGCCUCUCUCCUGAAAGCGAGCGAGAGCGGCAAGCUGAGGUUGACGAGCAACAUGACCGAGCUCGAGAUGGCGCUGCAAAACUUUGUCAACGUCGGCCGUAUCCCGGGGCAGCGCGCGAGCGCCAGCACGCGCCUCGAAGCGAUCGGGGACGAGUACGCCGCCCUCCGCGCCUUCCGGCAGCUUCUAUUUGCGGAUCUCGCGGGACUCAAGGACGAGCAUUUGACGCAUCCCCUGCCGGUGGAUACGCUGUGUCACUGCAUCCUCGCGCGCAGCGAGCCCCCUCUCACCCUCAGCCUGCCCCACCAAGUACACGGGUGGAGCGAGGGCGAGUAUGUCCUCUGGCUGUCGCGGCAUGGCGACGCGGAGAAGCGCGAGCUUAUCCGCAAGGCCGUCCAGGGGCAGAGCGACGGGAGCGAGCCGGCGGCAAGGAUGGUGCUCGACGUGCUGAAGCGGGCAGAGGACGAGCACGAGGACGACUGA